GCAGUCAUUGCCAAUGGUGAUGGUGACUCAGCAAUGACAGAACUAGCACUGAAGCAUCUACAUCCAUGUUGGACAUUGACAUCUUUUGAUGAAGUUGAAGAGGAAGAGAUUGGUACAUUUGAAAGAUCACUUCUAACCUGUUCUAUGCCACAUAACUUGUACGUCAGAUCUGUUGUGAAGGUUUUGAAUCCAUAUUUAUGGUGCUGUUAUCAGCUGAAAAAAGCAGAAUAUAUGAACCGUUAUGGCAGUGUUAGGGAAAUAACUCUGUAUCAUGCUACAAGUGAAAGUAACGUUGACUCUAUAAUUAAGAACAACUUUGAUUGGAGACGCUCAUGGCGAAUCAGAUUUGGCCAAGGUGUUAGUUUCAGUCCAUCACCCAGUUAUGCCAAUAAAUAUUGUAACCCGAGCAGUGGUAUUUAUAGAGCAAUGAUGGCAGUAAAGGUACUUGUUGAUACUAGUUCACUAGGUGGUAGUUCAACAAUAUUGCCCCCAAAAGGUAUUGAUACAACUGUUGGAAAUCGUAGGCAGGUUUAUGUUAAGUAUUGUGACAAUGAAUUUUACCCAGAACAUGUCAUUUACUAUACAAUCUGAGCUCUGCAGUUUCUUUUCUACUUCCUUUCUUGAUAAAAGUGUAUAUUUUUGUAAUAAGUGUGUUUAUUUAAUUUUUUUAUGAAUUCUGUUUUCUAAUAAAAAGGAAAUUAUUUUCCUACAACAACAAAAAAUUGCUAUGAAACAUCUGAGAUGCAAGUCUUUUCUUCACAUGCUGUAUAUAUAUCCUGUUGGCAACAAGUUAGCUAGGAGCAAAGUAAUAUCUGCUGUCUUGUCACAAUGGAUGUUUAGGUGUUACCCCAUUGGAAUGCACUGCCAGAAAUAUUUUAAAGGGUGUGCCUGACAGACUCUGAGGUGCCUCAUUAGUCACCCAGUAAGACGCUCCAAAGCACAUGCGAAAAAGCAGUAAUUAUCACAGGAUCACACAACACUGAAGACAGUAAAGGAAUGUCCAGGGUAAUGGCCAUUCUCUGUCAGAGAAAUAUUUUAAUAUGUGCAAGAUCUUUCGUGGGGAAAGGGGAAAAGGAUACAGAUAAUAGUACAAACAAAACAAAACAAAAAGGAAAUAUACUUUUAGCUCAUUGGAGGGAUAAAGUUUUGUUUUAACAGGGCUUUGAUACAUACUUUACAAAAUACGGAGCUCAUCCAUAACACAAUUUUUUGUUCACUGAUAAUACGAGGCCACCUGUUAAAACAUUUUUAUGUACGUAUUUGAAGCAUGGCCCUUGUUCGAAUACUGUAGCAGACUUAGUAUAGAGUAUUGUCUCAACUGACCACCAGUGUUACAAUAGGAACCACCGAGACACAAUACCAUGUAUUGUGUGUCCCUCCCACUGCUCCUUUUAAUAUUCUCAUGUCUGAAACACACAAAUAUAAAAGUUUCAGCAAGUGGACUCCUAUUAUUAGUGACAAGAAAAAAAGAUGACUAAGGAUGCCUCAGUAUUCAUAUAAUGAUUGCAGGCUACC